UGUGCUAGCUGUGAGCGCGCGAGCCGCCGCACAGCGAUCUCCGCGCGUCACGAACGCACGCGCAGGAGAGAGAGAGAGAGAGAGAGGAGAGAGAGAGGCAAACGCCUCUCGUUAUGUAGCACGAGGAGUCGCUCGCGAGGACCAUCCUCUUGACAGACAGCAGAUCUGCAGCCUCACUGACUGCUUCACCUGAACAAGCCCCAAACAGUGCCGAAGAGAGCCAAGAGUGAAGGCGAGCAGGAGGAGCGGGAGGUCCUCCAAUAAAUCGAACAAAUAAAAUAAUUUAAAAUAAAAUAACGGAAAAAGAAGAAAGAAGGAGGAGAGGGGAUAGGAGGCAGCCGGCUGGCCGGGACACGCAGUCCGUCUGAGGGGAGAAAUCACCGCUACCACCGUCACAUCACAUCACAGCUCCGGAGAUAACAAAGUGCCAGUGACACACACAGAGAUGUGGAAGAAGAGGGUAUUCCUGGUCAUCAUUGCCAUCAGUACCAUCAGUCUUCUGCUGCACCAUGGGGGUCACUUAACCUGGACCAUGGAAGCCUUCCACCUUGGUUGUCCAGCCCUGCGCUCUCACCCUUACUCCGGCCUGAAGCCUAAGCACAGUAAUGUGGUUUUCCUGAAAACCCACAAAACAGCCAGCAGCACCAUGCAGAACCUGCUGUUCCGCUUUGCAGAGCGCAACAACCUGACGGUGGCGUUACCCAUACAGGCCUGCAGUCACCAGUUCUGCUACCCGCGAUCCUUCACAACUCACUCUGUGCAUCAGCACACGCUACCGCCAAACAUCGUCACCAACCACAUGCGCUUCAAUAAGGCUGAGCUGAAACGAUUGAUGCCAAACGAUACGAUAUAUGUCACGAUCCUGAGAGAGCCCGGCUCCAUGUUUGAGUCCUUGUUCAGUUACUAUAACCAGUACUGUCAGAGUUUCAAGAGGGUCCCUAAUGGUUCACUGGAAGCUUUCUUAGAUGAACCCUGGCGCUACUACAAACCAGAGGAGAACUACUCCAUGUAUGCACGUAACACCUUGACCUACGACUUGGGCGGAGACAAAGAUCGCCCAGCGAAAGAUGUCUCUUAUGCAAAAGCUUUUGUGGCAGAGGUGGAGCGAGUGUUCUCCCUGGUGAUGAUCUCUGAGUACUUUGAUGAAUCUCUGGUUCUACUUCGACACCUCCUUUCCUGGGAUCUGGAAGACAUUUUGUAUGUUAAGCUCAACAUGCGGACCCCAAGUUCCAAGCAGGGCCUGACCGAUGAUCUUCGCAAAAAGAUCCGUGCUUGGAAUUCCUUAGAUGCCCAGCUCUUUGAUCACUUUAACGCCUCACUGUGGCGCCAAAUCUCUGCUGUAGGUCCAGCCUGUGUGGCGAGGGAGGUGCGCCUCCUUCGUGAGACCCAGGAGAAGCUGAUGAAAAGGUGUUUCGGUGAAGGCAUGCCGCUUGUCCGUUCAGCUGCUGAAAUCAAAAACAAGGAGCUCCGCCCCUGGCAGCCUAGUGGCAAAGUCGACAUAGUCGGUUACGACCUCCCUGCAAAUAUUAGCCAAAGCUUCUCGAACCAGGAUCAGGAGCUCUGCCUCAGGCUCAUCAUGCCGGAAGUCCAGUACACAAAGAUGCUCCUACGUUCCCAGUUACUGCGGUACCGUCUGACCAGUCAGGGUCGGGCUCAGCAGCAGUCACACUCCUUCCAGCAGCCCGUACGCACAAGCCUGCUUAGACAUCCCGCCCACCGCAGCCAGCCACCAGUGCCUGCUGCUGCAACCCCUGCCUCAGGAACUGGAACCAACUCAAAGACUGCAGUUGGACAACAAAGCAAGGGACAAAACCCUCACAAACCCAGUCCUCAUAGGCUGGAAAACUCCUCAUAGACUUGAAAAUAAUCCGAGUGCCCAACAGACUGCAUUGUUUAACUCAUCAUGACCCAUGAGACUAUGACUGUUGGGUGGUGUGGGGUUUUGGGGAAUAAGGCUAUCCUUGGGAAAAUGUCUGGGUUUAUCUUGAAUUAGCGUAUCCCCUCUUCCUUCUAUGUGUGUUUGGUUUGACAUGAAAAUAAAUUAGGAAAAAGGGGAUUGGAAAUACUUGGACUUGAAUUUUACUCUAUCUCCUUUCCGAUCCAUCAGACGGUAUCAGGGUGGGAAGGCACAAAAGCUGGAGGAACGCUGCGAGGGAAGUUUAACCCAGCUGCACGCCUCUGCAGCCCUGACUACCGUGAGGGUUUCAGGUGAAAGUGGUUCUUUGAAGGAAAUCUGUUUCAUGCGACUGGGACUCAAUAGAGAAGUGGCGAUAUCGGGUCUAUUGUGCAGCACAGAGUGCGCUUUGUGUGUAUCACACUGGGAUAGUAUCAUGUUACUUGUGUUUGUUCUCUGUUUCUCAAGUUCUCAUUCGCUCUCUCUCUCUCCUAACAUAUGCCACUUAAAGUCCUUGAGGAGACAUAAUGACAUAAAGGGAUCGGCUGUCAGGCCUCCGAAGAGCCUCCUAAGAGGCCAGACAGACACUGAGAUCAACUCACAACCGUUAAUGUGACAGCACAAAACAACUCUUCCUUUUUUUGGGGGACCUUUUUUUUUCUUACUGACUCUAGAGUUGAAAUCAGUGAAGGGACGGGGGAUAAAAAGGCCAGAGAGAUGGAGACCUUAUCCUGAGGGUAAGCCUAAAAACUGCUGGAUACUCAAUUUGGCCAUCCAUUAACACUACAAGUCCCGCAGAGACUGAGCACACGUACGAAGCCUGUGUCUCGUCAGCUUUUUGACCUCCCUUUCUUCCUUCUAAGGUCCUUCUCGGCAUUCACCACCCUGUCAUUACUGCUGUUACCCUCUGGUCAGGCUCUCCAUCCACCAAGAAGCACUAACAUGUUUUUUUCUCCAACCCCCCGUACUCCAUCGAACAGCCAGGCAAGCUCACAGCUCACCUCGUGGAGACUCUGUUAAGGUGAUGCUUCUGGAUGUGCGGAUUUACUUUAAAGCUUGGGCGUUAUUGCAAUAAGAUCUCCAGGCCCUUCGCCCUGAAUAUGAAAGGCAUGGAUUUAAUAACCUACCAGCAACCCUGUGCCGCAUAUACAAUAAUAAUGACACACAUCGGCACAAAUAAAAACAUCAAACUCCUUGACGGGACAAAGACUUGAAGCCUGUGGAUUGUGGCGCUUGAAUAUUUAAUCCUCUCCUCUCAUGGCCCGCCUAUGGCCCGGGUUCUAGGGUUACAUGGCUGUACGUUGUCAUUAAGGACAUGUUCGACCAGGUGAAAGCUGCUCAUUCUGAACCCUGAAGCACAGAAGGACGAAGGGAGAGCGUUAACGCACGAUCCUUAAAGCCUCUUAAGGCAGCUGGGCCGACUGGGGUCUUAAAGAGUCUUCAUUUAUCUCAGCUGUGAUCCAUUUUUAAUGCUUUCUGCUCAUAUUUAAUGUGUCAUUUAUGUUCUUUUAUUACUCUGGUGAUCAGUGGGGUGCUGCUGAGGAAGUGAAGGAACAAUAUAGUUGUGUGAGAGUACGUGUUUGAGCCAAGAAACGUCUCGUUCGGCUCAUGUUGGGGUUUUUUUUUCUUUCUGUGGCCUGCAAGAUUUAUUAAACUAUGUAUUAUUUAUGAUUGGGACUUAAAGAGUCCCAUUACUGUAUUUUUAACUGGUAUUUUUCAUGAAUCACUGGAUGAAAACUGCUUUUCCAUCGAUUUGGUGGUUCGUGGUGUGCGGGGCUUACCACUUCAGGCAGCAGAGAUGGAACAAGGCAUGUGGAAACGGUUUAAAAUAUUAAUUCUGUACAUGUUAUACAUAAUGCAGAACUACAACAAACUGCACAUCGAACCUACUUUAGUGGCUUCAGAAUUAAUCUCCCAUUCAGCAGAGCUAAGUACUUAACUACACUACGUGUUUGUGGUUUGAGUGUGUCAAACCACAGGUAACAAUAAUAAUAAAAUAGACACACACAGCUGCUGCUCUGACAGGAAUAAAAAGCAAUGAAGCCAUCAGGCAACAGACGCGAGGAGAGGAUGCACAGUUUUAUGACGUACCUGUGAGAAUCCGAAUGUGUGCAAUGCAUGAUAGUUUUUAUUUAUUAGACAUGUGAAAUGUCUUCAGAUAUGUGUAAAAACCUCUUCAGGUUACAUGCACUGUAAAACCUGGGUAAACAUGAAGAAGGCUGUGGUUUUGUAUUUUCUUGCUCCCAUGAAAAGACCAAGACCAGCAAUAUGUAAAUUGGUCUGCCAACUUCCUGCUGUGAAAGCACACCACAAGUCCCUAAAGGAGGCUCACGCAUGUAGUACUGAGCAAAAGUCUUGAGUCACCCUUUAUUUCUUUAUAUGUUGUUAGAAAAAUGGGAAAUAGGUACGACUACUUAUUGAAACAUAUGUAUUCAAACAUGGUAAUGCAGUGCGUACAAUUGUAAUGAGCUUGAAAGUCAGUCUUGGUAGGACCACCUUUAUUCUUCAGCACAGUCUAAACUCUCUUAGGCAGCUUUCUUGUUAUUGUUUUAAGUAGUCUUCAGGAAUAGUUCUCCAGGCUUCUUGAAGGACAUUCAAAAAUCUUCUUUGGAUGUUUGCUGCCUUUGUUGAUCCCACGCUGCUUCAAUAAUGUUGAGGUCUGGGCUCCACGAGUGAUUGUUUUUAAUUGUUGGUUUUUCAAAUGGUGGAUCAAAAUGCGACGGUGCUUUUCUGUGUUCGUAAUUUUCAGCUUUGAGAAGAUCCCCAGUGCCACUGGCUGUAAUGCAGCUCCCAACCAUGAAAGAGCCUCCACCGUGUUUUACAGAUACCAGAACUGCUGCCACUGAUUUUCAGUCUUGUGUAGUUUGACAUACCUCAACCAUCUAUCCACUGAGACCAGUUCUGAUGAGGCUUCAGUGAACAUUAGCCGGAUCAGCUGAAGGUCCAGAUCCAUCUCUCAGGUCCUGUGUCAGGUCUUUGCUGGAUUCAUUUCUGUUUCUUAAUGACAUCAUCUUCAGAUACUGUUCAUCUGUUGUAGAUAGCUGUCUUUGCCCUGACACGCCUUUGCUUCUCAAUUUGUUCAGACACAAUACAUUAAAACUGAUCAGCUUCAAGCACAGGAGUGAAAAGCAGCAAUUGUCCAAAGAAAAACUUUGAAAGAGCCUCAGAAAGCCUGGAGAAUUAUUGCUCUUGCAUCGUUUUAAAGCUAUAGGAAAGAAUGAAAAGAGAUUAGGAUUGGCUCAAAACUUUUGCACAGCACUGUAUAGUAGUGCAGUUUGACUCGGUGAGUGUGUUGCAGAUAUUUUUGGACAACAAAGGCACUGGAGACAUCAAACUUGAAGAAGAUUGAUUAUAUGUCCUAAGAUCGAUGUGUUGUUGGCUUUUGUUUUGUCACAAGCUUUUUCAGUAACAUACAGAGUAUCAGCAGCCUCAUCCUUUACCAAAGCAGGGCUUCUCAAAAUCUUAGGGUCCUGGGACUCCUUACAGAGGAGAAUAUUUUCCAAACAUCCACCUCCAAUCCUAACACUGGGUUAGUUAAUUUGGAUUAAGCAUUAGUUAAAAACUCGAUACUUGGCUAAUAAAUCCAGCUUUGCAGCAGCAAGAACGCUUUGAUUCUAUGAGUUUCUACUGGUACAAAGUAAAGGACAAUAUAUAGCUAAUAGCAAAAAUUUAUCUAUUUAGCAAUUCCUAACUUGCUAAAAUGUUAUUAUUCUGGACCUCUAAGGCGUCCUCAGAUCCUACUCUGAGAACCACGGCUGUAAAGGAGCUGGCAGCUGAUGCUGACUUUCUUCAUUUUCCCCCAAACAAACAAGAAACAUGACUGUGAAUGCAACAAUUGCUUAAAGCACAUGUGAAUCUGCUAAUAUUAAACAAAUGAUAGAUUAUCAAAAAAAAAAUUGCAUUAAUAUGAUUUUAAAUCUAGACCAAAAAAAAAAAAAAAACUGAAUGAAAAACGUUAUUUUAUGUAUUUAUUUAUUGAAGUGAACCAUGUUUGUUUUUCAUGGAAAAAAAACCUGGUGUUAGAUUUGAUCUGACCGAUAAAGACUUUGGAAGGACGACAGUUUGGAAUGAAAAAAAAUUAAUUAUCCUCAUUUUUUUUUUUUCAGUUAAACUGUACAGUUAUACAUAUUUUUGCAAUUUAGAACACUUUGGGUCUCCCCAGAGGUUUCUGAUAGUCGAAUGUAUUCUUUUUUCUUUUAUGUGAACUUUCAACUUAUGUUUGCAUCCAUUAAAUAAAUAAAUAAACGCGGGCAUCUGCAAACGCUCUACUUCAGAUUUCCCUAUCUGACUGGGAUUUGGAUGAAGUACGUGUCUGUUUCCUGUCGACCGUUCAUUUGAGAACCUGCCUCCGAGUGGCUGUAAGCGCUCUUUUGAUUGUACAAGACGUUUGUCAGAGUGUUUCACUAAUGGUCCUGCUGUCAUGUCUAAAGUGUCGACUAUUCUUUCUUGGGUUAUGCCAGAGGGGCUGUGAAAAUGGUACGCUAAAAAACAAAACAAAAACAAAAAAACCUCAUCAUCUCCACAUUAGCCGGCCCCUCUUUUCUUGUGAGGGAGAAAUGUGAAGCUGCUUUAAAAAAAACCAAAAAAACAACAACUGGAAAAUGGAAGCUUUGUGGGAUCAGAGCAUUUUUUUGUGUACCUGCUGAGCUUUUAUGUGUCACGGGGAAGUAAACAUGAACUGCAUUGUUGUCCACUGUCCUCUUUGAUGUGCACAUUAUGUUUUGGGUUUUUUUUCUGUGAACUGAGAAGAAUGAGAGAGUUUGGGAUUUUUUUUGUAAUUUUAUUUUAUUCUGUGAAUACUUGGAAGAUUUUGGGUGGGUGAUACAGCUCUGAAGAAAUGGCUAGUGACAAUCAGAGCUAGGGGCCCCAAAGCUUUGUAAUGAUGGUUGAUGAGAGGGAUGAAUAAAGUUUGAAUGAUUUCAAUUCA